AUGUCACUGCUUGUUGCUUUAAUUAUUGGUAUAGGUGAUGAAUUAGAAGAUGAAAUAGCUUAUAAGUUAGGAAAACAAGGUAUAUGUGUUUUAUUUUGUUCAAACAAUGAAAAUAAAUUUGAACGAAUAAUAAAGAAAUUGAGCAAUGAAGAUAUUGAACCCAAAUUUAUUAUACUUAAUACAGUCGAUCUUAAAACGAUUGACGAAAUAAUUGAAAAAAUCGAUGAACAGUUCGGAAAACUAGAUAUUUUAAUUAAUGUUGGAAUAUUUCUGGAUAAUAAUCAAUUUAAAAUAAAUACCAUGUUAUAUGAAGGAUUUGAAGCAAGAGAGUCUUUUGAUCUAUUGACUGUAUUACAGGCAUUUAUACCUUUACUUCAAAAAUCUCCUUCUAGCCGUAUAAUUAAUGUAUAUGGUGAAAUGAAUGUAUAUGAUUCUGACAUGAAAUCAUGGACUAAAUUAUUUCGUGAUUAUUCAGCAAAAUUCGAAUUAGAUAAAUUUAUGGAUCAAUUUUACAAAGAAUUUAGUAAUACAAAUAUCAAGAUUAGUUCUAUUAUCCUUGGCAAUGAUAAUAAUAUUCAAACUAUAGCAGAAGAAGCUGAUCGUAUUGUUCAUUUAGCAAGUUUACCUUUUAAUUCAUCUUCAAAAUCUAAGACGAUGCGUAUUCUUUAUGGCAUCGUAGGGGAAGGAAUGGGACAUGCAACACGAUCCAAAGUCACACUUGAAAUACUUCUGAAGGAACAACAUCAUGUUAAAGUCGUCGUAAGCAAUCGUGCAUAUAAAUUUCUUCAUGACAACUUUUCAAAUCGAUUUCCAAAUUGUAACGAAGCGGGUGAAGGUGAAGCAGCUAUUGAUAUAAUUGAAAUUGAAGGUUUAACAAUGCAAUAUGUUAAUAAUGUAUUUGAUGAAAAAGCUUCAGUAUUACACACCAUGCAACGUAUGCCAGAUAUGCUUAGCAAAAACCUUGAUGCAUAUUAUGAAAAUCUUGUUUCAUGGAUGCCUCAAGCUGUUAUUAGUGAUUUUGAUAGUUUUGCAUACAUUUUUGCUAAAAUACAUGGACUACCAAUCCUUUCGAUCGAUAAUCAACAUGUUGUACAACGAUGUGUCAUUCCUGAAGAAGCUAGAGAGUCAAAUCCAAUAGCAUUUUAUACAUACAAAUGUUUUGUCAAAGCAAAACUUUCACGUUGUGAUUAUUACAUUAUUACAGGUUUUUUUACUCCCGAAAUUCGUGACAAGUAUAAAGAUAACACAAUAGUUGUUCCACCAAUUCUUCGUCAGACUAUUCUUGAUGCAAAACCAUUACCAGUUGAACAUUGUGAACAUUUUCUUGUUUAUCAAAGUAGCAAAAGUGAUACGUCUCUUAUUUCUAUUUUACAAGGCUUUGGUGAAAAAUGUAUCGUAUAUGGGUUUGGUCGUGAGGAAAAGGUUGAUAAUCUAGAAUUCAAAGGUUUUUCUGAACAAGGAUUUGUGGAUGAUUUAGCAUGUGCUAAAGGUGUCAUUGCUAAUGGUGGACUUUCUCUUAUGAACGAAGCAGUAAGUUUACAACGACCGUUUUUUAGUGUGCCCGUCGAGAAUCAAUAUGAACAAGUGCUCAAUGCUUGGUAUUUAGAAAAGCUAGGCUAUGGUGUCUUUGCAGAUAAAAUAGAGCUUGAACCACUUCGACAAUGGGCACAAAACAUUUCACACUAUGCAAAAGCACUUUCAAAUUAUCAUCAUGAUUCAAAUAUGUUAUUGUACAAGUCAGUGAAAAGAGCUCUUCAAGAAUUUAAUACAAGAUCUGUAUAA